AAUCAUCUGCAUUGUAUCCAAUCCAAGGAAAGUUUCCAAGAAAUUGCCGUGUAUCCAAUCCAAAUAGAAAUUUCCAAGAAGUUGCCAUAAUAAUGCUGAUGAUCCAAUAUGCCUUUUUUUUGUCACCGUCAGCACUCAUCCUUAAACCCUCUCUAAAUUCUUCCGAAUUCCUUUCUGUUUUCCUCAGUCAAUCUGCCCCAAAUACCCAGAUUACCUUAUGAAGAAGGCGAGGAAAAGAAUCAAAGAUGAAUUUUUCUCUGGCCAACCUAAGAACAAAGAAAGGUGAUAAUUAAUGGAAAUUUAAAGGACCAAGCAAUACCCUUAUAUUGUAUCCUUAAUUCUGAAGCAAAACUCCCUAUCUACAGAUUCCCCUUAUUAUAUAUUGAAUGUACUAUAAUGUUACAAUCAAUAUAGGACAGCCUUCAAAGCCUUACUUUCUUGAUCUUGAUACGGGAAGUGAUCUUACUUGGCUCCAAUGUGAUUCUUUCUGUGUUCGUUGUGUUGAGGCACCUCAUCCUUUUUACCAACACAGCAAUGACCUGGUGCCAUGUAGGGAUCCACUCUGUGAGUCAUUACAUCCACCUGGUGAACACAAAUGUAACGAUCCACGUCAGGAUCGUCAGUGUCAUUAUAAGGUUGAGUAUGCAGAUGACAGUUCAUCUCGUGGAUUCCUUGUCAGGGAUGUGUUUGCUUUAAACUACACAAAUGGAGCUCCACUUAACCCUCGUCUAGCUCUUGGAUGCGGGUAUUAUCAACCUUCUGGCACAUCUCAUCAUCCUUUGGAUGGAGUCCUUGGCCUUGGCAGGGGGAAAACCAGCAUCGUGUCUCAGCUUUACAGCCAAAGUCUGGUAAGGAAUGUUGUUGGGCACUGCUUGAGUGGAAGAGGAGGAGGUUUUCUCUUCUUUGGGGAUGGCCUCUAUGAUUCUUCACGCAUUGUUUGGACAUCAAUGUCUUCAGAACCUCCGAAAUUCUACUCGCCUGGGUUUGCAGAGCUGGUUUUUAGUGGGAAAACAACUGGAUUAAAAGAUCUCAUUGUAGUUUUUGACAGUGGGAGUUCUUACACCUACUUCAAUUCUCAGGCAUAUCAAAAUAUACUGGAUUUGAUGAACAAGGAACUAGCUGGAAAGCCCUUGAAGGAAGCAACAGAUGACCAGACACUCCCUCUCUGCUGGAAAGGCCGGAGGCCUUUCAAAAGCUUGCGUGAUGUCAGGAAAUUCUUCAAGUCCAUUUCCCUUGCCUUCACAAGUAAUGGAGCCAAGACUCAGUUUGAAUUACCUCCUGAAUCUUAUCUAAUAAUAUCAAACAAGGGAAAUGUUUGCUUGGGAAUCCUUAAUGGUUCUGAUGUAGGUCUGAAAAACUUAAAUAUCAUUGGAGACAUAUCUAUGCAAGACAGAAUGGUGAUAUAUGACAAUGAGAAGCAGUUGAUUGGAUGGGCUCUUGCUAAUUGUGACCAGCUUCCCAAGCCUAAAUAUGCUUAUACAUAAUGAAGACACAAGUCUUCCCCAUUAAUUGUCCACCUGUAACUGUAUUAGGAUAGAAUUAUUUCCAAAACGGAAUGAGUCCCACUUUCAUUAGACUGAAUACUUGUAAGUCAUAGCCAGAGCAGAAGCUGUGUUACCCAUUGUAAAUAUGUGUAUGCGUAUUGUUGUUAUUUUAAGAAAAAAGUAUCAAUAGA